UGCUCGGCGAGGCCGUCUCCCCUCACAUCAAAAUGCCCGCGGCACAGCUGGGAGGCCUCGGGCACGAAAGCGAGGAAUUUUGCAAGAAAUGCGUUAACCCCCGCCGGGCUAGGACGCAACCGUGAUCCCGCGCCUAGUAGCCAGCCUUCAGGGUGGGAGGUGAGCGGGAAUACGUGCCUAGCCUUUUCUUCUCUUUCUUUUCAGUAAGAGGAGGAACAGAGCCUGUUGCUGGGGUGGCCAUCCCUCCUCUCCUCUCGGUCCUGCACACAGCCCAGGCCAGACGCGCCCACGCGCGCGCGAGAGUUUGCACACUGCCACACUCCUUUUCCUGCAGAUCCACAGGCGCGUGCACAAGCACUUUGGGGUGGGGGGGCAGGUGGGGGGGCAGGCCCUCUGUCUACACCAACAGACACAGGCACUGACACACGCAGGCCAGGAAAGCGUGUCGCCGCCGUCGGUCGUGUGGCCCCACGCAGGUGCCCAGAGCGCGCCUCGCACGGUGCUGAAGCGAUCGCGAGCACUGACUCACCGGCAGGAUCCCAUCUCCAUGACAACAGGCAUGGAAGGCCAGGCGUUGAUGCCAGCAGGAAUUCUGAAGAGCCACAAGGAUGUACCCAGGAAUAAUGAGUAGCAUCUACUGCGGCAACUCUUCAGCUAAGAUGAGUGUCCACGAAGUCUCCACUUUCUCAUUGACUCUGGAGCAAAAGACUGGCUUUGCUUUUGUUGGGAUUUUGUGUAUCUUCUUGGGACUUCUUAUUAUCCGAUGCUUCAAAAUCCUGUUAGACCCAUACAGUAGCAUGCCUUCCUCCACGUGGGAAGAUGAAGUUGAAGAGUUUGACAAAGGAACGUUUGAAUAUGCACUUGCUUGAGAGUUCUGGCUUUGCCUUUUAAGGUUAUUCCAGUGGGACAUGUGGGGGAUAUAUUUGUGAUUACCUUGGGUGUGCUGGAGAGGGACUCUUUUCAUUCACUGAAUUCAAUAAACAUUUGUGACUGAUUUAUCCACCA